CCUCAUGUCGCCUUAAUAUGAGGACGAUCUUCUCUUUAUUGUCACUGAGUCAUUAAGAAACCGAUCUCUUCAGGAUAUAUAACACGGAUCAAUUGUCAAGGCUUUUAGACGCAACCAUGGACCCAGAAAAGCGAAACGUCUCUAACGAAGCCAGUGUCCAGGACAUUGGAGGAACAUUCACUAUAUUCGUGGAGGUGGCCACCACCCUAGUCAACAUCAUGUCUCUAACUGUAGUAAUCAGAGGAAAAACAUAUCGAACACGAUCAACGACAGAGGACAUUAUUCUGGUGCUAAGUGUGUUGUACAUAUUUUCAGCAGUGGUCCCUUCGCCGAUUGCACACGUAAGCUACUUCAGAAGCACGUGGGUUGGCGGUGAGACGACAUGUAAGAUUUACCAAUUCCUAACCCACUCUUCGCGUUUGUCCGCUUUAUGUACUGUGGCGGUGUUGGCCAUUAACCAGACGUUGUGUGCUUUCCAUUUCCUGAAUAUGAGAGACUACACUUACCAAGCAGCCGCAAAGACUAAAGUGAUUUGCAUUAUCAUGUUAAAUAUCCUAGCCUGUGUCGUUAUAUCAUCCAUGCCCAUAGUUGGACUCGGACCAGAGGCCUUUCAGUCAACUCAUUGCCAGUUUUGGCUCAGUUUUAGGCUAAAAUCCGUGAACGAGUUUGCGUUUUUGAUUUUGUUUCUGUGUUUUGGAUUCUGCAACAUUUUGUUGAUUACUAGUUCUGUUGUUAUAAAUUUGUGUUGCAAGAGUCUGAUCAAGAAAAGGAUUUGUACCACAUCCGCUAAUGACCGCAACGCCGAUGUACGGUGGCAUGCAACAGGGUCGAAGGUGCUUAGCGGAAAUAUCUUGGUGCUUGCAGUUUCUGUGCCAGUAUUAAUCACAUGGGUACCGACCAUGAUCCUGGCUUUAAUGCGCCAAGUAAAUGAGGAUAUCAGUGACGUAUCGAUCCUGUAUGCCUUACUUAGCACUUCCGUUUCUGGAAUGGUGAACCCGAUCAUAUAUGGACUUUGUGAUGCCAGCUUCCGGCGAGGCUAUCGACGUCUGUUUCAUGUUCUCUGCAACAUCAAACAAAUGGCUCCAGUCGCUGACCAAGUUGUAACCAGAUCAACAUCGGGGGUUGAAGCUUUAGCUACAGAUGCACAGAGAUCAUUUCCACCCUCCUCCUCUUCCGGAUUUUUAAAUUCCGCUUUCGAGAGUCAGGCAGUAUCUGACUAUGAUUCCGGUUUGUUGUCGAUUGAUGAAUUGGAUCUGGAGAAAUCUAACAAAAACUACGACAGUCACCCGUUUGAAAAAACGCAACUUUUGCUGGGAAAGUGUAGCAAAUACACAGCGAAAAACAGUGGGGACAUCUCCGCGGAGUCCCACGAAAACUUAUCUGUGUCAGAGGAUUUGGAUUUAUACGAAGAUUUAUCAUCAAACAGAUCAAGCGACGAGGACGACAGUCUCGAUGAAAAGGAGAAAGAAACUUUCAUCUGAUUUAACAUUUCAAUAUUUUCGUGUUCAUUUGAUAUAUUCCUCAUAAUAUAUUGGUCUU